UUCCCCUGCGCCUUGCCGAUUGGCUGCCAAUGAUGUCACCAGCUGUUGCAAACACCGCCCCCCCCCCCACCUUUUCUCCCGGCUGCAGGUCACAAGAACACAAGCGAGCUGAAAAAGACAAUAACGUGAAAACCAGCCGUACAGUACAAGGGUAUACUGGGAAAGGAUAACACAGCACCAUCGCGCAAUGCUGUACCGCCCGCACUGAGAACCGCACAGCAAGACAAGACACUCGCUGCACACAUGCGCAGCGCAGGCGGGAGGACUUCGAAAUCCUGCGAUUCCCGAUGCCUCCCUCUCCCCUGGACGAGCGCAUCGUGGUUCUGCAGAGCCCCGACACCCCGACCCUGCGUCUUCCCCACCCCUUGUUCCCCAGCGCAGCCUCCUCCUCCACUCCCCCGCGGACACCAGUGAAGCGCCGCUGCUCCCCCGAGCUGGAGAGGCUCUUGCUGGGCCAGGCUGUCCCGGUGACCCUGGGCAGGGCUGGAGGAGGAGGAGGAGGGGGGGGAGCGCUGAAAGAACAGGGCAGCAACGGGACCCUCCCGCCCGGAUACAGACACACCCACACCAUCGAUAUCAAACUCUCCCUGGGACCAGGAGCAGGAGCAGGGGGCAGCGGAGCGGCGGGGCUGGGAAACGGGCCCGGAGGGGCUCGGCGCCGGCUGUCCCUGCAUCUGGAUCUGAACCGGCAGCCAGAGAAGCCGCUCGGCGCCAAGGAGGGGACGUACCAAAGCAGAAGUCCCAAAGCUUCCCCGACGACGUCCGGCCGCCGCAGGGUCCAGAAAGAGGCUUCGUACAGCAAGGAGAACUCCAGACCCUCUCGGGCAGACCCGCAGGACCAGAACCGCUCACCCAGGCUCGGGGAACGGCACCCAGCCUCGGCACGAGCCUUCCCCAGCCAAGACCCCCCCUCCUCCCGCACGCUGGAGCUCAUGCACCCCCUGAAGACGGGGGAGGGGGCGGGGGGUCCAGCCCCACCUCCAGGAGAGAACAGUCAGCCGGGGGGGGGGCAGGCGGGAGCAGCGCGGCGGAGCGGCAGGGUGGGGGCGGGGCUCAGGAGGGGUGGCUGCCUGUCUGCCUCCCUCGCCUCGUCCUCCUCUUCCGUGUCCACGUCCCGCUCCUGUCUCCCGAGGCCCCUGGACUGGGUCCCCUGCUCGGGCAGGGUCCCGGGGAGCCCCACAGCCCUGCGCAAGAAGCUGGGGAGCUGCCUGCCCUGCGCCCCGCUCUCCUCCCGGCCCCCGGCAUCCUUCAGGGCCCUGCAGAGCUGCGUGGCAGGGGGCCGCGACCCCUCCAUCAAGUCGCUCGCUUCCUCCUGCAGCUUCUGCAGCAGCGACCCCAUCGUGACCUACGACCCGCAGCCCCGGGGGUCCUCCAACGACGACGACGACUACAGCGUGCGGACGAUCUGGCCGGAGGAACUGGCGACAAAGAUGACCCGCUCCAAAGCAGGCCAGGAUCAGGACAGCGGCUCCAGCCCGCUGGUCCUGGACUGCAGGAGCCUGGCGGAAUAUACCAGGAGCCGCCUGCAGGGGGCGGCGACGCACUUCACCGACGCAGCUGGCAGGCGGAGGCUGCAGCAGGGCAAGCUGGCUGCACUAGGCUUCAUCUCCCCCCCCCGCGGGGCGGCCAGCCGCGAGGGCAGGGACUCGCUCAAGAGGCUCUGGUCGAGGGAGCGGAUUGGCUACAGCGAGAUGGCAGACUCCUCCCCCUCUCCCAGCAGCCCGCCUCUUUCUUCCAGUCCAGCCACGCCCACCACUGAGGUCAAGGACGCCCCCUACAGGCCCCCCGUGACCACACAGUCCCUGCACCUCGUGCUGAACUCUCCCAGUAAGGAGCAGGAGGAGCUCCGGUGCGGAGAAGGCUCGGUCUGGUCCUCGAACGGGGACGCCCUGCUGCCCCUGACCCCUGACAUCGAGAACGCUGCCCUGAGCCCCAUCCUGCCCUUCCUGUUCCUGGGGAACGAGCGGGACGCUCAGGACCUGGAGCGAAUGCUGCGGCUGGGAAUCGGGUUCGUGUUGAACGUCACCACCCACCUCCCCCUGUACCACCAGGACUCCGGGCUGGUGCGCUACAAGCGCCUCCCGGCCACCGACAGCAGCAAGCAGAACCUGCAGCAGUACUUCGAGGAGGCCUUCGAGUUCAUCGAGGAUGCUCACCAGUGUGGCCGGGGGGUCCUGAUCCACUGCCAGGCGGGGGUCUCUCGAUCGGCCACCCUCGUCAUCGCGUACCUGAUGAAGCACACGUUGAUGACAGUGAGCGACGCCUACAAGUACGUGAAGGGCAAGCGACCCAUCAUCUCCCCCAACCUGAACUUCAUGGGGCAGCUGCUGGAGUUCGAGAACGACCUCAACGCGGGGGUCACUCCACGGAUCCUCACCCCCAAACUGACGGGGCUGGAGACCGAGGUCUGAGGGUCCCCAAAACGCACCCCCCAGUGCUGGGGAGUCUCGCCUUCCACCUGAGGUGAACGACGAAGAGCUGUGGGGAAAAACAACAACACCGUUUUUAUAAGGCUUACCCCUGGAUUCGGUUCGAAUUAAGGCAGCGCUAUAAUUUUAGCUGUUUUUUUUUUUUUUUCAAAGUGCCAAAUGCAAACGCCGUGGAUGGGCGGCGAGCGAUCGUUCCCUCGAGCAAACGCUGUGUAAAAUAUCGAACUGAACGGAUAACCGCUGGGGGGAGGGAAGCAUUGCUGACUGUCUGUGCAGGCUGACCGCGGGAUAAUAAAAGGGAGAUCGGAGCCGAAUCCUCGGGUUUUCCAAGGGCUUGGUGUCGCCGCAGAAAGAAGGGCGACGGCAGCCGGGAAAACCGGACAGAGCUGGGAAGAAUGUCGAAUUUUGGGAAU